ACAUAACUAAAUCACCACAAAAUUAAGUAGACUAGUGUGACGCACUUACCAUGGAUUACUCUACAAUAAGCAACAAGACCACUUUUACCGAAGCGGAAGAACUCACAAAUGGCGAACUUGGCGAAAGGUAUUACUUGCUCAAGAAACAGUUUGAAAGUCUGUCUCUCACGUAUGAUUCGUUGAAACAAGAGCUACAUGACACGAAACGUAGUUACCUGAUUGCUCUGGACACACAGAGUCACCUGACGGUCGAGUUAGAGACUUAUCAAUCUGAUGAACAACGACGAUCAAAGGAGCUAAAUAACCGUAUCACAGCUCUCCAAGAAGAGAUAUCUGCGUUACGGGAAGCUCGUACAGAAGCCAAUGAACGUCAUACAACUGAAACGAUGAAGUUGGAAGACGAGAUCCGUCGUUUAAAAGAGGAAAAAGCAACUCAAGUGUUAAGAAAGAGUCCGGAACGUGAUAAUUCAGAAUUAGAAGAUGCUAAGUUGGCUUUGAAGGAUGCAUUAUGCGAUGCAUCGACAGCGAAACUGGCACUUGAAGAAGCGAAGGCAGAGAUCAUGUCUUGGAGGGAGAGAACAGAGGAGCUAGUGAAUGAGAUUGGAGAGAUGCGGGUAGCUGCGGAUAUACGGCGGGAGGAGCUGAAGGCCGCGGGAGAAAGGGAGGCGACGGCGCUGGCAGAGCUGGCUGAGGCCAGGGCCAUGUUGCACCAGUGUACUACUGCAGACUCACAGCCUCAUGCUGCUAAAGGCAACUCCAUCUUCGCUGAAGUGGAGGACAAGAGACAGGAGAUGGCCGAAAACCUCAUCCACAUGAAACAGAAUAAUUCUGAGCUACGAAGGCAACUAGCAAGUAAGCAAGCCGAGCUGGAUGCACUCUUACACGAGAAGAACACUAUCUGGGAUCAGCUGAUAGGGGCUGCAGCUCAUCAUGACCGCGAACUUAUUGAGAGUUACGAGGAGCGCAUAACGCAAGUGGAGGGCCUGUGCGAGCGGCAGCGGCGCGAAUUGUGCCGCUGGUUCGGCAAGCUUUGCGAGCCCACCUCGCCGGGCUGGCUGCCCGCCGUGAUGGAACAUCUCAAGUCGGAGUGCGAGCAGCUGCGCGCAGAAGUGCUGUCGCGGGGCGCGGCGCAGCUGGCCAGCGCGGCGCAGGUGCGGGAGCUGCGCCGGAAGAUCUUCCAGCUCACCGCCUCGGGGGCCACGGGGGCCACGGGGGCCGCCACGCUCCUGCAGACGCUCGACACCGACGGCAAUGCCCGCGAAGCGGAGGUCAUUGACGAGACGAUCUGUCAAAAAGAUGAAACGAGGCCGCCUCCGCCACAGACGCAAUCGAGACCCAUUCGGGUUACCGCCCCCAGUGACGCGAAGAAAAAAGUCCGAUUUUAGUGUAUACAGUGUUGUGCCCUUAAAUUUGCGUACUGUUUCCUCAGACGGCGUCGUAUCAAGCUACGCACUAAAUAUAAUAAGCGAUAUUCGAACAAACUGUAUUACUUGAUGUGGUAUUGACUGUACAGUGACUGUAAUUGGACGUAAGCAAAAAGGAACCAAUCCACAAACUUAUCAAAAAAUGAGUUAUAUGUACUACCAAAAGGUUCCUAAAGUCUAACCUCUUAGAUCAGCACAAAACAAAGCCUACAUAUAAACAUAAAUAAAUAUAUCCAGGGAGUCACAUGACAUUAUAAGUUUUGAAAAUAAAACUAGAGAGAAAAUAAUACAACAAUAAAACUUGAAAGUGACUGGACGUGCAUUGAAUCCUUUUUGUUUAA